AUGGGAUUUUAUCAGGCCAACCUGGCUGUGUUUGCCGCUGCAAACACGUACCUAGCUUGGUCCCAGCACCGACGAGCAAGACAGAAACCCGAUGCCACGCCACCGUGCAGUGAGCGGGCCGUUGAAGGCUGCGAGGGGACGCGGCCCGGGACCCAAGUUCGCGAGUUUCAACUCAACUUCCUGCUGCCAUAUACCUUGGCCGUGGCCGCGGACUGGCUGCAGGGUCCGCAUCUAUACGCCCUGUACAAGUACGACAAGCAUCUCUCGGAGCGCAUGGUUGCGACCUUGUAUUCUGUCGGUUUCAUAUCCGGUGCCAUCAGCGCACCCUUGGUGGGUGGCGCCGCAGAUGGGUUCGGACGCAAAAAGGCCUGUGUGUUAUACUGCAUUCUUUACAUGAUAACAUGCCUGACCAUGAUGAGCGACAACCUGCCCAUCUUGUUCGCGGGACGAUUCACCGGCGGCGUCGGCACCACGCUUCUCUGCAGCGUCUUCGAGGCGUGGAUGAUGUCGGACUAUCACGAGAGAGGUCUACAAGCCUCCGCCCUGCAGCCCGGCUCCAUCUUCAGUGCAAUGACCACCAUCAGCUGCCUCGUCGCCAUGGCGUGCGGUGUGCUGGGGGACGCGGUUGUUGCGGCGUCCGGCACACGGAUCUGGCCGUUUAUCAUCGCCAUGGCCUGUUGCUGUGCUUGUGGCACGCUGAUAUGUCUGACCUGGCGCGACAAUUUCGGAGCCUCCAGGCUGGGCUCCGACGCGACGGACGGCAUCCGAUCCGGCCUCGGGGCCGUUGCUUGGGAUGGGCGCAUGCUGUCCGUCGGCCUCAUCUCCUGCGUAUUUGAGGGUACAAUGUAUCUCUUUAUUUUUUUCUGGUCUGCCUCACUGCAGAGUGCACGGAACGAAGCCGGCUCGUCGGGGGAGCUGCCGUUCGGGCUUAUUUUCUCCAAUUUCAUGUGCGCCAUGAUGGCCGGAUCUGCCUUGGCUGCGCGGCUUGCGCAGCCCUCGGCCGCAUCAAAGGACUCGGCUGAUGUCGUCCUGACUGUGGUGUUGCUGGCCGCCUGCGCCUUGGCCACGGCCGUCGUGCUCCGGGGCGAGGUGUUGGUCUUCUGGGCCUUUUGCCUCCUUGAAGCCUGCAUCGGAGCCUACUUCCCUGCCAUGGCGAGCUUGAAGAGCGAACUGGUCGAGGACAAGUCCCGAGCCAUGGUUUACAGCAUCCUACGGUUUCCUCUCAACGUCUUCGUCGUGGUUGGACACAGUCUCGACCAAGAAGGGAGUGAGCACCGUAACAAGGUCUUUUUGGUUUGCAGUGCGCUGCUGGUCGUCUCCGUUGUCAUUGUACGACGCCAUCUUGUCAGAACUUGA